CAUGAAUGACGCUAGCGACGUCAACCGAAGCCGGUUAUCAAAUACAAUUCCUGAUACCUAGUGGUCUCGACGCUCGCAAUCACCAUGGCGGCGCCGUCUGGUCCUCCAUCUCCUGGCACGUUUGAGAGCAGCAGUAUUGCCGUCAACGGAAUAGCCCGUACUAGAGGCGAGGGCGACAUCCCAAACCUCAAGCUCCAGUACGAGUACGAGAGUGCAGCCGAGCUGCCAGCGACAACAAGUCCUAUAUCUGAGCUACCCUGUCCGCGGACUCGUCAAACAUAUCGUCUACCGAGUAUCGAUACGUUAGGAGACUCGAGCUUCCGGAUAUCUUCCAGGUUUUUAACCCUGGAGUCUUCAAUCAGAGCCUGGCAGAAGAGUACGCUGCGCGCCAUGACACACAUGCCGAGAUCCUUUGAUCUUCAUAUCUUAACAGGCUGCGACCGGGUCUCGAAGCUUGGUAAAGAAAAGUGGCAGGCCCUGGUUGACACCUUUACGCCGCUUGUUCAGAUCAAAGCAGAAUCACAGGAUUUGCCCCUCCUUUCCGAAACCCAGCAGGCCGAUGAAACAGGAGAAGAGAGACGGUUCGGUUUACAGGCAGCACCAAUAGCCAGAGCUUGGGGGACCAAGUUCGGGCCUCAGAGGCUGGAGGGCUCCCUGGACCGAUUCCGGUUACCCCGGUCACCAUUCGAAAGGCAAAUUCGGACGCGAGUUUUGGUGAAUCUGACGUGAGUGACGUGGAGAGUGUCUCGUCAGAAGCUCUGUCCUCGGCGUAGUCCAAGAGCUCCCUCCCAACGGGUAUUAUCCGCGGCGCAAUGGACGAGCUCAAGAAUCUCUUGCUGUUCGAUGCCACACUCGAGCCGCUAUAUCAGGUAACUAUUACAAGAGUCGGCGCCGAAAGGUUCCAACGAACCUACGACGCUUU